CCCGCCCGCAGCGCGCCUGCGCGGCUACCGGCCCCGCCCCUCCCUUCUCCUCAUCGGCGUGCGCGGCGCGGCGGCGGCUCCUUUUCUCCCGGCCUCCAUCUUGGAUCGCACAAGCGGAACCAUGCAGCUCUUCAUCCGUGCUCAGAAUCUGCACACCCUUGAGGUGUCUGGGCAAGAAACAGUUGCUCACCUUAAGGCCCACAUUGCGUCCUUGGAGGGCAUCACAGCUGAGGAUCAGGUGGUGCUCCUGGGCGGGACUCCCCUGGAAGAUGACGCUGUCAUCGGGCAGUGCGGAGUGAGUGAUCUCUCAACGCUGGAAAUUGCUGCCCGCAUGCUGGGUGGUAAGGUCCACGGCUCCCUGGCCCGUGCUGGAAAAGUGAGAGGGCAAACCCCAAAGGUUGCCAAGCAAGAGAAGAAGAAGAAGAAGACCGGCCGCGCCAAGAGGCGCAUGCAGUACAACCGCCGCUUCGUCAACAUCGUGCCGGGCUUCGGCAAGAAGAAGGGCCCCAAUGCCAACUCCUAAACGGUGCCCAGUUCUCCAAUAAAGCUCGUAUUUGCCUGGA